CUGACUACGCCACUGAACACAUGUUGUUGUAUAUCAUGCAGGUUCAUCUUUUAACUUACAAGUGUCGAUUCUUGUGUGAAUUAUCCUUUAAAUAUAACCUUGCUCCACAGAAGUAUCUUUUCCUCCAAAUCUUCUUUAAUUAAUUUUUCAUGAAAUCAUGGGAAGAUCUGUUUUUUGUUAUUUUAGUUUACAAAAUUGGUUGAUGGGGUGCAUAUCUAUGUCUUCAUUGUCUUGACUUGACUGUCAAUCAUCCCAAGAUUCCUCUGGCGAGCUUGUCCCCUGCAGGUCAUUUGUAUAUAUAUAUAUAUACAAAAAUCAUUGAACACAUUGUUUAUGAAUACAAGCUAAAAAGGGUUUCUGUAUAAAUCAAAGCUUUGCUUCGUGAAUAAUAAGCCUUUUAUCAAAUCAAAUCAAAUCUCUGAUAUUACAAAAAUGGUACUGAUCUCACUACUUCUUCUUCUCCUCCCAGUCUCCGUGAUCACCAUUCUCGUCAUCAUAAUCCUUCCCCGACUUCUCGCCAACCCUGCAUUAUCUCCCAAGAAGCCGCUUCCGCCGGGGCCAAAACCAUGGCCGAUAGUAGGAAACCUCCCUCACCUAGGCAAAAUGCCUCACCUCUCCUUCCAACACUUCUCCAACUUGUACGGCCCUCUCAUAUCCUUCCGCCUGGGCUCGCAACACCUCGUCGUGGCCAAUUCUCCGGCAGCCGCCUCCGAGAUCUUGAGAACCCACGACCGCAUCCUCUCCGCUAGAUUCAUCUCCAGAGUCUUCCCUUACACCGCGACGGAGCUUGCCCGCAAGGCAGUCAUUUGGGCCUCCAGCUGCAACAGCCAAUGGAAGGAUUUCCGUGCCAUGUUCAGGAACCAGAUAUUCUCGAACAAGGCAAUUGAAUCUCAAGCCGCCCUCAGGGAGAAGAAGGUCGCAGAGAUGGUCGAAUUUCUCGGCGGGAAAUUAGGGGAAUCGGUUAGUAUCGAGGAAGUCGCUUUCAGUAGCAUUUUCGACUCGCUGUCCAAUCUCAUCUUCUCUCGCGAUUGCAUCGGGUUCGAAAGAAAUGAGACCAAGAAUCAAUUGAGAUCCUUGAUCCAGAGGUUGAUAGAACUGGGAGUUGCUCCUAAUCUCGCGGAUUUUUUCCCGAUUCUGAAGAAUUUGGAUCUACAGGGCCUGACACGCGAGGCAUCUCGCACUCUCAACCAGAUCUACUCCAUUUUCGCGCCUUACGUCAAGGAGAGGAGAGAAAAGAGAAAGAAGCAAGAGGGAGAUAAAGCUGGAGAUUUCUUGGACAUCUUCCUGGAGAAUGGACUUGACGACGACCAAAUCAACUGGUUGACUCUGGAAUUGUACGUGGCCGGAACCGACACUACGGCUCUGACGAUCGAAUGGGCGAUGACAGAGCUAGUUCGGAACAGGGGAGCCAUGAACAAACUGCGGGAGGAGCUGAAGAGAGAAGUAAUGUUGCCACCGCUCCCUGGGGAGCCGCUGAUCAACGAGUCCGUGUUGGCUCAGCUGUCGUACUUGAAUGCGGUCGUGAAAGAGACGAUGAGGCUGCAUCCCGUGGGAGCGCUGCUGCUGCCGCAUCGAGCGGCGGAGAGUUGUGAGGUGAUGGAUUACACGAUCCCGGCGGGGGCUCAGGUCUUAGUCAACGUGUGGGCGAUUGGGAGGGAUCCGGCAAUCUGGGGCGAUGAUUCGGCGUCGUUCAGACCGGAGAGAUUUAUUGGGUCGAAGGUGGAUUUCAGAGGCCAGGAUUUCGAGCUGCUCCCGUUCGGCUCUGGGAGGAGGAUGUGCCCGGGAGUGCCGUUGGCCACCAGGCAGGUUCCGUUGGUUUUGGCUGCCUUGGUUCGGAGCUUCGACUGGUGUCUUCCCGGCGAGGAGGAUCCGAGAGAGAUGAAUAUGAGCGAGAAGUUUGGGUUGUUGUUGCAAAAGGAACGACCUCUGCUUCUUGUUCCGAGCCGGAGUUCAUUAUGAGGCUUCUUAUGUUGUUUAUAGAGCAAACAAAAAAAUCGUACUUCAGAAUUCAUCAAAUAAAUAGGACAUUUCAAUUUUAGUUAUGAAGUAGUUUACAAAGCUAUUUAAUAACUAAUUUUUGUCAGUAAAACUGUUCAUCCAUCCAUAUUUUUUAGCGACAUAAAGUGUCACUUGAGAUACACUCCAAGAAUCCACAAUGAGAAACUUCAUCGCUUUAUAACUAAUUUUCGUCGUUGAAAUUUUUUUUCAAUCCAAAUUUCUUUUUAAAGUUAAUAGAUUAACGGAGUAAUAAUCUAUGGCUAUGUUCUUGAACCCAUGUGAGUUCAUGCAUUCGUAGUAUUUGUAGGAUUGGAUUUUGUUUGCUUUUUUAAAACUCAGCUCGAAUUAUACCUAACCCAUUAUCCCUAACAUCUAUCCAACCUUCUUGAAGAAUCAUAUCGAACGCUUUUUGUUGGAUCAACUUCCCUUGUAAUUUUUAUUUUUAUUUUUAUUUUUAUAUUAGGGUGAUAAAAUGCAUUAAAAACAAAGGAAGAAAUUACCAAGAGUUGAUUUUGUUUGUAGCAAAUGUAUGGGGAGCGAAUACAGUGUAUAACUUUGU